AACAAACUUGGUUUCAAAUAUUGAAUCCGAAGCUAGCAAUAGCAUAUAAAAAAAAAAAAUGUCUGCAGUGUAUCCAGUUUUACAAAGUUUGGGGUGGCCCUUAGAAGAAGUAACAAGGCAGCAGCAGCAGCAGCAGCACAAGUACAUGUGUGGAGACACUGACACUACUGAUUCAAUCCCUUAUGGGUCUGCGUGGGGAGACCCAUCUAAUUCUAUGGCUAAGAAGCUCUAUCACAAUGCCAGCGAGCGUGAUCGUCGAAAAAGGAUCAACACUUUGUAUUCCUCGCUCCGUUCAUUACUUCCUCCUUCGGAUCAAGCAAAGAAAUUAAGCAUUCCCACCACAGUUUCACGAGUACUAAAUUACAUACCAGACCUCCAACAGCAAGUGGAAAGACUUAUUCAAAAGAAGGAAGAGCUCUUGUCAAGGAUAUCCAAACAAGGGGCUCUUAUUCAUCAAGAAGACCAAAUGAAAAACUCUGCUGCCAACUCUUUAUCUUCCAUAUCGGCAACUCGCCUAAAUGAUAAUGAAGUUGUCAUCCAUAUUUCUACAUAUGCGCUACAUAAAUGCCAUUUAUCUCGAAUCUUGUUUAGUUUAGAGGAGGAUGGCCUUCGUCCUAUCAAUGCUUCUUCGUUUGAAUCCUUUGGAGGAAGAGUCUUUUACAAUUUACAUCUUCAGGUGGAAAGAAGCUAUAAGUUGGAUUCUGAAGUUUUAAGUGAUAAACUAUUGUCGUUAUACAAGAACAGGGAAGAGAUGUGUUUUUAAAAUUAAUUUUGGAUGUAAAUACUGUAUAUUAUACAUACAUAAAUGCAUACAUACAUAUAUAAAUAUAUGUAUGUAUGUAUGUAUGUAUGUAUGUAUUAGCUCCUCUAGCAAGUACUGAAGAUGACAAGAGCAAUCACAUGAAGGUUUUUGUAAUACACGAGAAGGGUGAAGGCAUCUCUUGAUUCAUGGAUAUUUCAUAUGAUGUUCUGUUAACUCAGUUGCUGGAUGAAUAUUUUUUCCUUUUGAAAAGAAAAAAACUGUACAAAGAGAAUAAUUUAUGGUUUUGUCAAUUAAUCUGGAAUGUAAAGAAGAAAGCAAAAGCUUAAAAUGUGUCAAUAAACCUGAUCCCUAUGUAUUUA